UAUAGCUUCACCACCACAUGUUUGAUCCGACCACCUACCCAUACUACAACCCAUCGGUAGACAGAAAAGUCGCGAUUGUGACUGGCGGGAACUCCGGGAUUGGGUUUUGUACUGUUUUACAUCUCUAUCUUCACGGUUACAUUGUUUACAUAGCCGGGCGCAGUAAGUCGAGAGUAACCAAGGCAAUUUCAGAAUUAAAGGAACAAGCGGCGGUAAAACAAGUUCAGUAUCUGCCACAAGAGGCUCGUGAACGUUACACGGGUGAGAUAUUUUUCCUCGAUAUUGAUCUUUUAGAUUUGAAUUCCGUCAUUCGUGCUGCUGAAAUCUUUAAAUCUUUAGAAACAACUCUUCAUAUUUUAGUCAAUAAUGCCGGAGUAAUGGCACUCCCAUUUUGUCUCACCAAGGAUGGAUUUGAAAUACAACUACAAACCAAUUAUAUUGCGCCAUUCUUGUUCACUACAAGAUUGCUCCCACUUCUUGAACGUACGGCUGAAACAAAGGGGAACUCAGUUAACCCACCCCGUAUUGUAUACCUCUCGUCAGUGGGACAUCACUUUGCAUUCCGUUACUUCCUGAUGAAUUCACACUUUAAUUACUAUCCAAACAUCAUCUUCACUUGGCUUCGUUAUGGAAUGGCAAAGACUGCCGCCAUUCAUUUCAUGAAAAUGUUGGCACUUCGAAACCCAUCAAUCUUGUGUGUCUCCGUACACCCAGGCUUUGUCAUGAACACAAACUUGUUUGCCUAUUGGACACGACUCCCGAUCAUUGGAAUCGUGUUUUGGUGUCUUUUCCAAAUCUUUGGCUACUUUUUCGGGGUCAGUAACGAACAAGGUGCUUUAGCAAGUUUACGUGGUUGUAUGGACCCAAGCUUGCUGGUGCAGCAUGAUAAUGGGAAAUAUUUUGCCACGGGUGGUGUUGAAGCUGAACCUUCUCGUGUAGCACGCAAUAUGGAUUAUGCCGCUCGUACAUGGAUUUGGACUUUGAAGGAAUUGAGUGAUCGUAAUAUCACCAUUUAAAGUCUAUAUUUCUGCUAGACAUAAACCUCUCCUUACUUGGGAGGUGAUUACAUCUCUCUUUGACUGGAUCAUUCUUCUGAAAAGACCCUCUUGCCCGGUCCUAUUUGGCAGAAAUUACAGUUCUGACUAUUAUUCGCUCGUCUGCUCUCCAGCAGAUCAUUUUUGCAAACCCUGGAAUGUUUACAUUUUCUUAUUUUGAAACGCCUUUACUUCAGUAUUUGCAAUGGGAACCAUGUUCAUAUAUUUAUUUCAUCUAUUGCUACCUAUAACUAAU